AUGCCAGGAGGUGACUUACGCCAUCGGCCCACCCUCAUCCGUCCCUCCACUUCAACCGCGUGUUCGGCGACACUUAGUUCUCCUCGAACUUUCUCCGCCGCGCAGCUGCAGGCCAGCCGUGUUUUGUUCUGCGUGUUGACUGUUUCUGUUGUCCUAGACGAACAUCCCACUCGUUCUCAAUUGUUCUCAAUGAUAUUCCAUGAUAAGCGUGUCACUGCCCAGCAGCUUGGUCCUCAUGCCUCUUCCGACCUCAAUGUCUGGCUUUUCUUCCAGGUUGCCGCCAACCAUAUACUCCUUCCAGUUCUCGUCCUCACGUUUCUCUUCUCUCGUGCUGUUGCUCGGCACCUGGCCAUAAUCAAUGUUUGCUGCACAUGGAUUGUCUCUGGCGUCAUAUGUUCCCUGCUAUUAUAUGUCGGUAGCGAGAAGGGUGCCCAACCAAAUCAGGGGCUAUGUGUCGCUCAGUCCGCCCUUCCUGGACGUAUCGGAUUGAAAACAGUCUUGCUGGUCUUUCCACCGUACGUCCUACUGGGAGUGUUUGCGGCGAUUGGCGCAAACCUCAGUGCUCAAGAUCCGGAUCAAGUCAGCAGAGAAUAUCGAUUCUUUUAUUGCUCUUUAGAUCUGGCACCUUUUGCGUCCGCAAUUGCUAUAUUUUCCGCUUCAGUCUGUGUCAUCGCAACCAUACUCUAUGCCCACGUACUGCUGGGAAUAUGGCACAAUAGACAAGCAACGCGUGUAGUAUUCCCAACGCAGAGUCAUGAUCUUCAGCUCAUAAUUCGUGUUGGGCUCUUUGUUUUAUAUAUGCUUGCUGCAUCUGUAGUUAAUUUGAUGUUGCUCGGCAACCCAGCUAGCGCCUUUCCUGAUAUAUUCAUUGCGUCGGUUGGUAUGGCAGUUUUUGUCAUCUUUGCUAGCCAGCCAGAUGUUGUUCGUGUAUGGUGGUUCCGUCGACGUCGCAACAUGCGGCAACGUCCACAUAUGGCUAGUCCGCCACUCCCUCGUACACCACUACCGUCCUUCGACAUGGACCUCAUGCGCCGCACCGAAAGCGAAGUUAGCGAAAAAGCGCGCCUUGAGGCGCUGCACGCAUACUACUCCGCUCGAGUACGCGGGGAGGGCGUGAACGUGGAGAUUAUCGAUCGCCCGGAGAAUGCUUUCAUUCCCAACAGGCAUCGUCAGUCCAGGUCGAGUGUGUCGCGCAAAGCAUCGACGGAGUCUCUCAUGAGCAGUGGUGGACUUAUUUGA